AUGGUCUCUUUUCAAUGUGAUGCCUGUGCCGAUACCGUCAAAAAGCCUAAAUUAGAUCAACAUCGUAACAGAUGCCAUGCUUCUUUUACUUGUUUAGAUUGCUCCACCACUUUCAGAAGUCCUGGAGAGUACAAGAGUCAUACAACUUGUGUUUCUGAGGCUGAAAAAUAUCAAGGAGCUUUAUACAAAGGUCCGAAGAAGAAUGAACAAAUUCAGGCCAACCACCCCGCUGAAACUUCUGCCGCGCCUUCGCCCCUGCCUACAGCUACCCCUGCCCCUAUCGCUCCUGCUACUGCUAGCUCUUCUAUUCACCCUUCGCGACUAAACCAACUCAACGCCCCCGAACGAGAUUAUUCCCAACGAGGUGGUCCUCCUGGACGAGGUGGCCGGGGAGGCUUCCAGAGAGGUGGAUAUGGUGGAGUGGUGGAAAGAUCCUAUGCGACAGAUAUGAACCGAAUGGCGCCUCAAAAGGGAAUGAGAUCAUGGGGCGCUUCAGCUGAAUCCACACCGGUCCCAGAAACUGCGCAGACUUCCAUAAAUGGUGAUUCGGAUAAGAAGAAGAAGAGAAGAGGUGACAAGGGGGGCACAGGCGCUAAGGCAAACUCCAAGAACCCUCCCAAAGCCGAAGAGACGCCGGUUUUUGCUGAAACUUCCGAGACAUCCAACAAGAAACGAAAGUUUGAAGAAUCAGAUUCUACUCCUACUGUUGUGAAUGGCGAUUCGACAGAAGUAAAUUCUAAAACUAUUAAAAGAUUGAAAAAACGAUUAGGUAAGAUUGAAGAAAAGGAAGUGACCCUUGCAGAGUGGAUUGACGCUCUCGGUAGGGAUAAAGAGAAGAACGUGGAGUCUUCAGAGAUAUUAAAGGCUCUCAAAGUUUCCAAAAAAGAUGGACAAUUUGUUCUUACCCUUUGA